AUGUCAGAUUUGGCUGCUUUAAUUUCAAAUCCAGUUUAUAUUAAAAACAUCAAAGGUUCAUUUUCCAUUUAUCAAAAAUCUGAAACAACUUCUGCUGUUGAUGGUUCUGCUUCAGUUAGUGGUGAAUUAGUUAUUGAAAAAUUAAAGAAAUUAGAUAAUGGAGAUAUUUUAAUGGUUACAAAAGUUGACAGUGUUAAUGUUGAAGACUUUAAUGAAUUUAAAUAUGUUGAAUUUUUAAUUGAUUUGAAGACGGGAAUUAAAUCAGUUUAUGUUGAUGAUAGAAAAUGUAAAAAUGGAAAAGAAGUUGAAGGAAUUGAAGCUAUUGCUAAAUUAUAA